AAUGCUCAAUAUAGAUAUGCAUAACGUCAGGUACUGAUUUUUAUCUCGCUCAAGAUGGACGAACAAGGAUUUUUAAAAGAUCCGGAUGCUUUUCUCAGCGAUCUCAAAGUUUAUGAUUUCCACAUUCUAAUGACACGAGAUCCGGGAUUUUGUGACUACUUCAAUAAAUAUUGCUUUCUACCAAUUUUUGGUCAAAAAGUUGCAUAUUCAAAUAAAAGGAAGAAAUUUAUUUACGAUCCACCAAUGCCUAGAGAAAAGCGAAAGUACAACAUUGCCAAUGAUAUUGUGCGCGAUUGGUUGUACCAAAAUCGUUUUCCCGACUUCUCCAAGUCGAAGGCGGCGGAUGAAUACAAACUUUGUGCUCUCAUAAUGACAUCAACAUCAUGCGUAACAAUGGCUAAGUAUGAUUCACAAAUGAAACGAAUUGCGGGAUCUACACAAUCAACUCAAGCUUUGAUGGAAAAUUUAGAUCAAAUCCUAUUUUUCUGCUUCGGUGGCGUUUCUAAAAUGGGAAGUUUCCGACGUUAUGUGUAUUCGUCCAAACACGGGAAACACUUGAUUGCAUUUUGGAUGGACGCUGAACAUUUACGAAGACUUUCAAAAGCUGUGAUACAAAACGAUACAACUAUUUCUUCCGAUCUUCGUCAAAGAAAAAAGUUAUUACUGAGUGCAAUUCAGUAUAAAUAUUACAGAAGAACCAGCAAAUUUGCACUUCCACUUCCUUUCCUGAAAGAAGUAAUAGCAGAACAGGAUACGAAGAGUGAUCAUACUUACGGUUUCGAUUUCACGAUGCAGUUACAAAUAAAUGUAUUGAAAAAACUGCAAAAUUAUUGGGUACCAAGAUUCAUCUUAACCAAUAUCAGAAUGAUUUUGCAAGAGGACGAAUCUAAUUCGGAUGAUCGGAGCUCCCUAGCGCCAAGUAUGGCAUUCGAAGACGAAAAUGACAUUAUGGAUUAUAUUCUUCGCCGUUCAUCUAUGGUGCGAUACAUGAUUGAUCCCAACUUUUAUCAAGUUCCUCCCACAGAAUUCAAAUACGACGAAGAUGAUGAAGAUAACAUUCUUAUACAAGAUGAAGUAAAAAGAGAUAUCUGCAGCGUCGCUUCUUCGAAAACAAUAAUCGGACGUGCUGAGAUGGACUACAUUCAUAAAUAUUUUUUUGAAGAUAAUCUGCCAGCUAUUCAACAAUAUAAAACGACUGAAGAUUCGAAUAAUUUAAAAACAAAAGAACCAUCCUCACGUGUUUUUAUGAGAAUGCAUGGUGAACAAGGAGUUCCACUGGAUGCAGAGUCGCGUUUGAAGGUAUCCGUCACGCAGGCGCGACAAUCUAUGCAGUCAGAAAUAUCACAUCAGACAGAAGUUCAAUCUUCCAUUUCUGGGAUGACUAUACAGAACUCACAUGUGUCAUCUUGUGGAUACGAUGCUGACGAUUCUUCAGAAGAUGACGAAGUUUCUAGUAACAAAGAAACAAGUUCUUCAUCUUUGAAAUCUAAAACCCCAGAUUCUCACCAAUCGACGAGUCACGUGGACUCAGCUGUUUCUUCUAACUAUCCCUCAAAUAAUGACUUGUCGUCAUCAAGUCGGAUAACAAGCGGUAUCAAAGGAGGAGUUCCAAAAUCUUUAACAUCGUCAAAGUCAACAGAGACAUUUAAAAUUAUAAGUGAGCCUGGCACAUCAGAAAUGACAAGGAGCAGUGAAGUUGUAAAUGACAAAAUUCUGAUUCGUAGUGAUCACCAACAAACGUUUGCUGAGAUUCUUACUUCUGAUGAAUUGUCAGGAUUUGUAUAUCGAUCCUUUUUGGCAACUAACGACGAUUGUUCUUCUUUUGAAAUUGAUCGUUUGGAUUCCACUUCAAGUCUUUCAACUACAACCAAAAGACGAAAUAAAUCAGGAAGCAAAAACUUCAUAACAGACAAAAAAAUCUUGAUGGUUGUUUUGGAUUUUUGGAGAGAUGUGGAAGAGUAUAGAAGGAAGUAUUCCAUGUUGGAAAGUCACGAACUUCAAUAUGAGCAUUGGGCGAUUAUGCGAACUUAUGUCUACUCGGAAAUAUUAUCUGAUUUGUUCUCGGUUUCUCAUUUAUUGAAAAAUUUACAUCAAGCACUGAAAAAUUUACCAUUCGGUGACCCUGCUUUAUUCACUUCAAAACUACUGGAUCUCCAAAACAAUAUUCAGCAGGUGCUCGAAUCUGAAUGGGUUCUUUUUGCAUCAGAAGACAGAUAUAAGUUUCAGAUAUCUGUGAGACCUUUAGUAUGGAAAAUCGGAAGACGAAGAAGUUCGUUUCCCAGCUGUGUGGAAGAAGUUCGGAACAUCCCGAUAUUCCGAGUAGAAAAAUCAUACAACGACCACAGCGACGACGAUGCAAGAAAAAAUACGGACAAAAGAAAAAGCUAUAUGCGACGUCAGUCACUUUCUGCGUUUCUCGGAAGCAGACAAUCCUUCAGAAUGAAAUACAGGUCAUCACGGGCUGUUCAUCUCCUACUGAUGUGUGUGAGAGGAGCCCCAUACCCUUUUCACAAAAUUUAUGGGUACAGUAACAACGAUCAAGAUUGUGAUGUUCGAGCUGAUUUGGACAGCGACAGCGAUGGUUCUUUGCUGCAUGUGCCCAGGAGGAAGUAUUAUAGAUUUCCAAAUAUUGAUUCAAAAAUAUUAGCAAAGAUGAGCGCUAAAGAAUAUCCGAGACAAGGAAUUGAUUACAGUAAAUGCAAAGUAAUACGUGUUGUAGAAAGACAUCGAGUAAAUAGGAAACCAAUGUACCUACGUCCAAUAACAAAAGGUGGAACUGUAUUUGAAAGACCAUCAAAGAAACCCAAAAAUCUACUUGAAAUUCUGCGAGAUCCGACACAUUUCAUGUUUUUCAAACGUUACAUGCGAAUGCAGAAUUCAGAAGCUCCCUUGCUAUUUUGGAAGAGUAUUGAUUUGUUGAAAAGAACCGAUCAUGCAGCUUCUCGACAAAGAAAAGCUCAAGGAAUAAUGAAAAAGUUUUUUUCAAAAGCAGCGGGUGGAGGUGUGCUUCUUCAAUGUGAUGACGAAUUAAUAAAAGAAAUCGGAAGAAUAGAAAGCGUUACGACAUCGAUGCUGGUAGAGGCUCAAGGUCUGGUGUAUGCGAGCAUGGAAAAGAACUGGGGUGCGCGAUAUUUGAGAACAUUCCAAGAUGAUGUAGAAGAGGAAGAAGAAAGGGAAGAAGAACAUAUACCCACUAAUGAUAUUACACAGUCUCGACCUUGGAAAGUGUUUGGAGAUUUUAUUCGCCGAGGAGCAGCGUUUAUGCGAGCUAUGAGAAAUAAAGUGAUUUUAGGAGAAUUUUGUAGCUAUUUGAAAAAUCUACCAUCUAAUGUUGAUAUCAUGGCUACAGGAGAUGCGAGUAGCUCCGUGCAAAUGUUUCAAACUGCUAUCCUCAGGAACAAUGAUGAUGAUGUGUCUCAACGUAUAACUGUUCGUAAAAUAUUAAAUAACCGCGUAGUGCUGGAACAUGUUCAGAAUGACUUACUUAUGUGGAUGGAAGUGGACAAAUUCAACACUCUUCUAGAGAAUGCUCAGGCUCUGAUGUUAAGUGGAUGUAAUGAUAAAAGUGAUCAAGAAAUUGUCCGCGCAAAAGCACAAAAAAUUAUAGAAUGCUUUUUUGAUUCUCCUGUUUUACCAAGAUUGAGGGUAAAUUCCAAUACAGAUGUUUCGAAUAAACUAAUUGAAGCUUAUCACGCUGGAGAAAUAGAUCGAGCAUUGUUUCAUUAUGCUGUUAUAUCCGUGUUUCCUCACUUGCUUCAUUUCUGGAAAAAAUAUCGAGAGGAAAAAUUCUGUUAUUUAUCAAGAAAAGCAAUUCGAAUGAAUAGACACGAAGAAGUAAAGCGAAGACGAGAGUCUAUUAGCAGAAGAAGGAUAAGGCAUUUUAAAAGACUAUUAAACAUGAAAACAUCAGAAAAGUCGUUAACAGAUUUGAAUGCAGGAUUCCCAGAUUACGUUCAUGGACUGAGUCGAUUGAAAAGUCCAUUUGAAAGGGUUAAAGGCAUAGUUCAUGACGAUCUUCCUACAUUGCACUUUUCUUUGCAACAUGGAUUGAAAUUUAUUAUUCCACCCAAACGAAAAAUGAGUGGUCUUGAAGACUCGGAGGAGGAGGAUGAAGGCAUUUUUAUGAAAGUUUGGACAAGAGGCGCGAAGCCAGUCACCGUCCUCGGUGUCGGAUCCAAUCCAAAGCUACUUAAUACAGAGGAACGGCAAAAGACCAAUUACAACGUUAAAUGUGAUUUAAUGGACUGACUUUAACAUGGAUGUCGAUAAUACUCCAGUGAAACAUUAUUAUUUUCGACACAGGCUUUACAAAUAUUAGUCAUCUUAUGCCUUUUUCCACCAUCGAGAAAAUAAAAAUAUAUCUUUUAUCUAAUUUACUUAAGGUGUAUCCAGAAGUUGGGUAUAUAAACUCAAUGCCGAUUCGGCUCGCGAAGUCAAAAUUGUCUUUCAAUUGAAUUGAUAUUUGAAUAUCAGUGGAUUCUGGCUUGGUCGUCGUCAGCAGCGAAAGGGGAAAACACAUCAUGAAAAACCUGGAUUAAAAUAUCUAAGAACAGUAUUGCGCAGAGCUUUUCAGCCUUCUCAGGAUGGUAUUUACAUAUUUAUUCCGGGGGAGAGAAAAUCCGCUCAAUAAUAUGACGAACCACUGCUUCGCUCCCAGUUAGCAGUUCAUGUCGAAUAUGGAAUUAGUUAACCAUGUAUUUGUUUCGGAUGCAUGGACUUUAUACAGCACCCAAAGUUUGAAACGAUCUAUCGACCCCAAGAAUGCUGAGACGAAAUUAAGUAGUAUAUAUUAUACUGACAAGCGGGUAACUAACAAUUUAUACGCAGUGUCCGCGGAGUAUAGCCUUGUGCACAAACAAUGGCAUGGAUGAGCUGACAAGUGCACGGGUAUCAGCUAUACCCUGGGGUUUUAAUCGGCAUGCACACUUACUUCUCUAGUAGCCUACGGGAAAAUACAAAAGUCAAGUGUUCGGAAAAUCCUGUGGAGCAUAGCGAAACCAAAGUUGACGGAAUGCGGUGCAAUUGGUUAGGUGUCUUGAGCAUAAUUUUAUGUGAAAAGUUUAUUUGCUAUAGAUUCAUUUAUUAUUAUUGAUGUUAUCCAGGAUACCUACAAAUGACUGGAAGCUUGA